AGUACAUAGACUCCAGUUGCACUGCUCAUUUGAGACUCAGUUCAGUUCACACAAUGACAGCUCUGUAUCGGAUAUUCCUGGUCCUCUCAGUCAGUAUGGCUUCACUGGUGGCCCAGAGGUCUGUGAGGAGUAAGAGAAGUCUACUGGAGCUCGCUGGGAUCAUUAAGUGCAGCACAAGCAGGCCAGCGUUAUUGUAUGUGAUGUAUGGUUGUUAUUGUGGGCUUGGAGGGAAAGGCUGGCCCAGAGACAGGGCAGACUGGUGUUGCCACAAGCACGACUGCUGUUAUGGUGAUGCGGAAGCAGCAGGCUGUCAGACAACAACUGACAAGUAUCAAUGGACUUGUGAGGACAAAGAGGCUAACUGUGAUUGCCUUACAGACAGAUGUGAGAAAAUCCUCUGCCAGUGUGACAGAGACAUAGGCAGGUGCCUAAGAAAGGCCCCUUACAACAAGAAAUAUGCCUUUUGGCCAGACUUUCUGUGUGGCCAUGUUCAUCCUACCUGCAAUAUAUACUGACUUUAUGUAUUUUCUUCUACCGUUCUGUUAGCUGUUGAAGGUGCUGACUGCAAAGUCAUCUGAAAUUUUCAAAUUUUUUUAUUGUGCAUGGUAUUUUCCUAUGUCUUGCAAGAACAAUAUCAUGCAGACGAGAUGUAAUCAUUUUGAUGUGCUGAGGGUUGCUUUCUUCCAUUUUGGGACUGUUUUCCUCCCUCUUGAGGUAAACAGUAUGGCCCUACAGAAACAGCCAAAUGUGAAGAGCUUUAAAGGAAAAGGCAACUUUUGUACAAAAUCACCACAAAUAGAUAGAUAAAUAUAUAAAGUAAUCGAUCAUGGAAUUUAUAGAGAAAGAACAGACCGCAUAACAGUAUCUUUUAACUUUUAAUAAUAUGGGCUUGUGCUGAGCUCAGCGAAGAUGCGUUCCGCCAUAUUGAUCUACUGCGUGACGUCAUGCGGCCCACCACUGAAAAGAACUCUUCAGUGCUUCAUGGUAAUAAGGUAAAAAACCAGUACAAUCGCUUCUUCAAAGUUUCACCAAAUGGUUUUAUUUAUGCAACUUAAAGCUCAUAAUACUGUAUAACUUUGGUCGAGUAAAAACACGGAGCAAAAACAUGGCUGAAUCCUGAAUGACUCCUAUUUGGAUUUGUCCUACCAAGCCUACUGCGCAUGCGUGAAGUGGCUCGGCUCGGUUUUCCCUUUCGGGCGCUCUCGUUUUCUGUUAGAAUUUGGUAAAGAAAAAAAUAAAUAAAUAUUAUUUACCAGCUUACCGGGUCCAUGAACAUAAAUCUGACAGCUGACAAGGUCAGGAUAUAAACGAAUCGAAUACAAGCCACCCGCCGGGACUCCUAAUCACAGUGAUCUGCUUGUAAACACUGUUUUCAUGGGCCCAGUGACAUCACAGAUCAGAGGGAGGCGCAUUAACGAAAGAUUCUGAUUGGUUUAUAGUUGCCCACAAUCUCAAAAUGGCUGACUCCUCCAACUUCGACUCCUCUGUGUCAAUUCAUGAUUUCAAAGUUAAAAAUAUUUUUUCAUGUUCGAUAUAUAAUGGAAAUAAUUAACGGAAUUGAUUACGUAUAUGUUUUUCUCCUAUUACACACCUGGUUUUGUACAAAAGUUGCCUUUUCCUUUAACUAAUUAGCAUAAUUAUGGAACUGCGUCACACCAAGAUGGCGACGUGCAGAAAAAAUUGUGACUCUGCAUCAUCCUCGGAGAGUUUUGAGUCGGAGGUAUGUAAUUUGUGGUUGACAUUAAUGAAUAGAUCCAUGAAACAAAAGACGAAUAUAUAUUUUCUGUUACUGCUUUUGUGUUAUUAUUUCUUUCUUUGUAAGAUCAAAACAUUAGGUGUAUAACUAUAUACUCAGACUCACCAAUCCAAGACAAGUGCUGCAAAUUCUUCAUCAGAUUUCCUGCCUGUUUCAUCCUUCAGUUGAUUCCAGUAGUCGAUCUGCCCCUUCAUGACAACCUUUUGGUUUCCAUUGCUUUUCUGGUGCACUUUCUAGCUUAUUCACUUUCAUAUUUUCCUCUUCUUUUCCACUGGGUUUUAGGUGGCAGGAGAGUGGAGUCUGCCAUGUUUGCCCAUGCUGACGUGUUUUGGUUAAAAAUAAGUCAAAUACGCCCCACGGUGGUCACGUGAUAUUGUUGCUCACUUGCUUCGGCAGUCUUCGGAAUUGUAAAAUGUGGCAUGCUUUUUAUCUCAGCAAAACAUUUACAGAUAGGAUACACGAUGUGUGCAGCAGUGAAACAUCUCGAAACUCCAACAGUAAUAGAAAUGGAACAUUUUGCCCAGAAUUCAACUUUGCAGUCAGCAUCUUUAAGUAAACAUGCUUUACUGCAUCUUGGUUUUUCAUUAUUUUCACAUUCACAUAGUCAGAGUUGUCUUUAUCUUUUGAUGGUUUAUUACUUUGAAGAUCAAUUGUUAAUGUGCAGAUGAGUGGCAAAUUAAAGGAAAAAUGGUGGCUCUGUGA